AUGCAGCAGAUUCUUCAAUGGCUUUUUAAAGGGGCACAUGAACAAGAAAGAAAGAGCAACAACAACUUCAGUAUCCCUCCCAAAAGGGAAGAUACUAGUGAACAAAAUGCUAAAGGGAAAGAGGUAAAUCUACUAAAGCGUGAGAGAUCACAAAAAAGAGCAAGGGGAAACAAAUGGGGCACGCCUGGUUGCAAGAACUUUAAGAUAUUCGCUUUUCUAUAUAGAAAAGACAUUCCAAAAGCUUUCUUUUACAGCACUCUCAACAUAAAGAGGUUAAGAAGUUUUAAUAGAAGACAAUUUUUGUACUUCAUGAAGAUGAAGAAAGAAGAACCAUCCCGAGAUGUUGGGAGUACUAACAAGGCAGAUUCAGCUGGCCAUGUUGGAAACAAGGUUUUGCCCAUAAGUGAGGCACCAUUGUCAUCCUCAGCUGAAAGUAACGACCAAUGUGGUGAUUCCACAGACACUAAAGAUCAAACUAAGGGGGAUAAGAAAAAGCCAAUGUCAAGAAUGAAAGAGCUACUUAGAUGGGCUGCUUCUGCCAAAUCAGAGAAAGGAGGGAAAUUCAAUGGAAGAAAGGUUUUAAUGUUCAGAAGGCGUGGAAACCUGAAAGCAGUUCCAGAUGAUGAUCAAGGAUGCAGUGAGUCACCUAAGAUCAGCUUCAGAUGGGAUGUAGAAAGUUGCUCCACCACUUCCUCUGUCUACUCAGCUAUCUCAAUAGCUUCCUCAUCAAAAAUUGGACAAAACCAUAUUGCAACUUCCACUGUAUCCAUCCCUCCUGAACACACUGGCCUCAAUAGCACUACUAGAAGAGGAAACUGGAUCACAACAGACUCCGAAUAUAUAGAGGAUCAAGAGGCAUGGAAAAGAGAUGUAAUAUCAGUAAUCAAUGAUCUGAAUGUGCUAGAUGGUGAUCAAACAGAUCAAAUCCCAUGUGCAUGA